UAUAGCAUUUAACAACAAGUUGUGACAGUAAUUCGACUCGUUUUCUAAUCACUGAGUAAAAUGAGCACAGCACGAAAGAGGCGUGUCCGUUAACGUCUAGCUCUGUGACGUGAGACACUCAGUAACGUUAGUGGACUACCUUCAGUCCGGUAACGUUAUGGUGGACUACCUUCAGUCCGGUAACGUUAUGGUGGACUACCUUCAGUCUGGUAACGUUAUGGUGGACUACCUUCAGUCCGGUAACGUCAUGGUGGACUACCUUUUUAGUCUGUUUCCAGACCCAAAUCAACACAAGCGUGUAUCUGUUAAGUCCAACCCUGGAUUCCUGGAGCGAUUAGGUGAAACUGCAGGAGGAACAGUUGUUGGUGUCGGACUGUUUUUCCUCUCGAUCUAUCUUCUUUUUACCAACGAGGGACGGGCUCUGCAAACAGCCUCUUCCCUGAAUGAGGGUCUUUCUCAGGUCGUGUCGUUGAGGCCGUUCUCCAGCCUUGACCUGCAGAACAACAACCGUUUAGUUCACCUGUCCUCUCAGCUGCGCACCUCACAGCCCCUCCAUGACCCCAACUACAGAGUUGCGGUGCAGGCAGUGAAGCUGAAGAGGCAGGUGGAGAUGUAUCAGUGGGUGGAGUACCGGGAGAGCAAGGACUACCAAGAGGACGGUGAGACCAAAACUGAGACGACGUACACCUACAACACGGAGUGGAAAUCAGAGUUGGUCAACAGUCGUAAUUUUGAUAAGGAAAUUGGUCACCAGAACCCAAGUGCCAUGUCGGUUGAGAGUGUCACCGUCGUGGCUCCUGAAGUCGGAGUCGGACCUUUCAGUCUGUCUAAAGGCCUCGUGGAGCAGAUAAAUGACUUCCAGACGCUGAGCCUCAGGGAUAUUUCUACCUUUAAUUUGGCUCCUUUUCUCAGUGUUGAUGACGACUAUUUCUAUCACACGCAAAACCCGCGUAGGCCGGAGGUUGGGGAUGUGCGUGUGAGAUUCUCCUUUGCUGGACUGAGUGGGGAGGCGUCUCCCCUCGGCCAGGCUCAAACGGUCAGCGUUGUGGCCAUGCAGAGAGGGGAGCAGCUGAUGCCUUUUAAAACCAAGUCAGGAGACACGCUGGAGAUCCUGUACCCGGAGCAGCUCUCUGCAGAGGAGGUUUUUGAGAAGGAGCUCCAGUACAACAGUAAGAAGACGUGGGGCCUCAGGGCUGCAGGCUGGGCCCUCAUGUUCCUCAGCAUCCAGCUGACCAUGCGCAUCAUCUACACACUGGUGGAUUGGGUUCCUGUCCUCCGAGAGCUCGUGUCCGUGGGGCUGAAGAUCUUCGCGCUGAGCGUCUCUUGCUCUCUGUCCCUUCUCACCAUCGGAGUCGGUUGGAUGUUUUACCGACCGCUAAUGGCCGCGGCUCUGGGAGCACUGGCUCUGCUGCCGGUGUUUCUCGCCCGCUCACGACUUCCAGCCAAGAAGAAUGAAUGACGUUUAACACGAUGAGUGUCACGUCUUCUGAUGCCUGGAUGCAGCUCUUCAGAGAAAUAACAGUAUUGAGCAACGUGUGUUUUUUUGUUCCAGUGGGGUUAUAAACCACAUAGCACUUGCUUUCUCGUUGAUAAAUGUGUUAUGAAGUUAAAGUGUGCAUCACUCUGUAGAUAUGUUUUUGGAUAAAAAGAAAUCGCACAUCAACCACUGCAGAUGUUGUCCCACCAGACACGAGAGGAAUCUGUUGUCGCCUUCAGACCACAAAUGUUCCGAUGUGGCCUUUCAGUUUAUUAGGUACACUUAGCUGAAACAUGCAGUCCAACACCACAGCCCCACAGUAAACUCUACCUUCAUGGUUAUAGCGCUCAGCUUUUGUUGCAGUUGUUUUAGAGGUGUUGAUUCAACUUCAUUGUCAUUUUGAGGUGCUGUUGAAUUGUAUUCUACCGAGAGGGGAUUAUAUUUAUUGAUGUAAAUGGGGUUUACAAAAUAUUUGUUUCAAACUGAUGGAUGUCAGCGCUUAGUUUGAAAAAAAAAAAAAAAAUAAAUACCAAAGAACAGAAUCUGCAACUUUGUAUUGUUUACAUGUAUGUUAAAUAAACCACUGCAGACAAGUUGAGCCUCAACAGUAU